CUUCGCCACAACCCACACCGCUUGAAACCGCCUUCGAGAGAGGAGAGAGAACGCGUUCCGCUCGACGAUGGCGGCCGGGGUUUUGAGGGGCUACCUGAAGGAUGCGUCGUUCAAUAAGGUCGAGCUGAGAUGUGGCGUCGGGCCGAGGCGUUACAGCACGGCUUCGGAAGACUCGUCCAAGAAGGUGAUAAACAUUUCUUCACUGAAUACUCCUGGCCUUUGCAAACUUCAAGGAAGAAAACAACUGGAAGAACUUGUCAAAAAGGUGCAAGCUGCUCGUGAUGAGAUGCAAUGGGCAGAAGAGGGCCCACUGCCCUUGGUUGUGAAAAUUGCUCCCGACUUGUCUAAAGAGGAUAUUGAGGACAUAGCAGCUGUUGCUCUUGCUCUCCAUUUGGAUGGAUUGAUUAUAUCAAAUACAACUAUUUCAAGACCAGAUCCUGUAACUAGUCACCCAUUAGCUGGAGAAUCUGGUGGUUUAAGUGGAAAGCCACUCUUUGAUAUGUCCACUAGCAUUCUCAAGGAGAUGUAUAUUCUAUUCUCACUCAGGGGAAGAUUCCACUUAUAGGCUGUGGGAGUGUAAGCAAUGGUGAAGAUGCAUACAAGAAGAUUCGAGCUGGAGCAACACUUGUCCAAUUGUAUACAGCUUUUGCUUAUGAUGGACCUUCAUUAAUUCCACAAAUAAAGGCUGAACUGGCGGAGUGCUUGGAACGAGAUGGUUUCAAAUCUGUUCAAGAAGCAGUUGGUGCAGAUUGUAAAUAAGCAUUGCAUAGUUCCUGGAUUAUCAAUUGCCCAGUGAAUGUUCUGGCUGGUUGCAAGCACCAUCCGACCAUUGAUCCUACAAGCCAUCAGUCCCCAAGUCAUCUGAACGAGUUCAAUAAGUACAAUUUACACUGAAUAAGAUUUGGUGGUUUCACUUGUAUUUUUUUAAUAUUGACAAUUGAUCAGCUUUGGGUUCCAAACCUCUCGGAACAUGGUUCUUUCACCUCUCCGAACCAGGUAUGAAACUUUGGCUGAUAUAUUGCAGAAGAUAUUGAUACUAAAUGUCUUUGUUCACCGGAGCAGGAGCUGGCAUACAACAACAGAUCCGGCUCCUCCUCCUCCUGAAACUCCAUCACUUGUUCUUGCCCGUACUCCCUUUAGCCCUGAGUCUUGUUGAGUCGAGUUAACUCAAAAUUGCAUUACUGGUGAUUUCAAAUUUUGUAAUGUUCUUAUCACUGGUUAGUUUUACAAUACAGACUUCUAAACGAGGGGAAAUAUUUCAUGGCCUUUGAAUAUUUGCAGUUUUGUCGCGGAGAAAGGCAACAUUUUCAGUCAUUUUUUA